AUGACCUCAGCACCCAAGUCCGUGAUGCGCUACGAUGUGCCCAACGGCGACUUUUGCUCGUACUUAAAGGGGUUCUGGAAGCGCAACCUAGAGUGGCACCACUUUGGCUCGAGUUUCAAGCACCUGCGUACGACGAACAACGUCGUGCUUAUCGAAGAGGAUCUUGACGCAGCACGACAGCCGAACACACAGUUCCUUCGAUGGUCAUUCGGACGCACGCACAAAAAACAGGAUCUUGCGAGUGCUUAUACGGUGCAGUUUAUUCCCGAUGAGCAGAGCACGUUUAUGGAAUGGAGUUUUGAAGGCGUGACGUGCCACGGCAUCUUCAAGCCCGAGGCUAGUGUGGCCACGCUCAACUUUUGUCUCCAAGAGUCCAUGGUCACGAUCACAUACCGUGUCCUCGAUGCCGAUACCAUGGCCGUGUGUAUUGUCGACGUCGACAGCGAACACACGCCCACUAUUCAAUACGGGAACAUGUACCGCAUUAAUCCGUCCAAAUACGAGCGCGAGCUGGUGGACUGA